AUGGCAUCAAGCCUACCAACUACACCAUCCAAGAAAUCAACCAAUGGCGACACCAAUGGCUUAUUCAAUCUUUCAACAACAUCACUCACCAACCAUUCUUCAUCCAGUUUUAUAUCAUCAUCAACAUCAUCUUCAAUACGACAAUCAUCUCCAAUCAAAAAACUUCAUUUCGACGACCGAUCAAGAACAAAGACAAGUUUGGCAUUACGUUCAUAUAAGAAAUCAUCAUUCAGCACCCUAAACCUCGUCAAUAAUAACCUUAACCACCAUCAGCCAAUAGAUCAAGAACCUUUGCAUGGGGUGUUUAAAUGGAAUGAAACGACUGAUAUAUCGGAUAUAAUCUCCAGUAUGGGGUUUGUGGACAAUCAUGGCCCAGUGGUGGAUAUGGCUGCGACGGCGAUUCAUUUGGGGUUGGCGACUGAGAAAGGACGAGUGGUGAUUUUUAAUUAUCAUCAAGAAAUCGAAUGUGUUUUGAUUGUGGAAGUGGAGGAGGAAGAGAGACAUGAAAGAACGAGGAGUAGUGCGGGUGGUGGUGGUGGUGGUGGAUCGGGGGAGGUUGAGAUUAGUUGUAUGUCCUUCUCAGCUGAUUCUACUAUGUUGGCAGCAGGUUAUAAGAAUGGACAAAUACGAUUAUGGGAUUUGAAUUCAAAGAAAGUUACUAUGGGUACUGGUGGGAUACCGUCGAUAUUACCAUAUUUUGUCAUUCAACCCAUAUCACUUUCAGGAAGAUUUACGAAGAAUUUCCAAGGACAUAUAAUAGAUUGUAAGAUUACUAAUAUAUCAUUCAUAAAUGAUCUGAAUUCACAAUUGAUCAGUACUGAUGAAUCCGGGUUGGUGUUUUAUCAUAAUGGAAUCAAGAAAUUCAUGAAUAAAUAUUUCUCCUGUCUGAAAAUCCUAGGUAAAAAUGAUGCCAAUUUAUCCACUAACACUGAUAAUGGUGAUGAUCGAUUUUCAAUAUUGACAAGUGAAAUGUUACCAUUAGGUUCAUCCCAUCAGAUAACUGAUAAAAUGGGGAUAUUGGCAAUAUUAACCCCGAAAUUAUUAACAAUUGUAUCAACCAUAUCUUUAAAUGAUUCCCAUAUCCCCAAUGUUAUCCAACACUUCAAAAUCGGAAGAUCGAAACAUGUAAAUAUUACGCCAAACGGACUAGUUGGUUCUUUAAGUUGGUGUCCAUGUAUGGAAUCUCAGAAUGGAAAAAUUAUCAAAAAUGCAAAAAUCGCAUAUAGUUGGAAUAAUGUCCUCACCAUAAUCGAAUUAAAUAAUCAAUCCUUCCCCCCGAAUUUCAUAUCCGUAAUCAAUGAAUUGAAAAAUAAAGAUAAAUCAGUGCCCAAACUCCCAUUCAAAAAAACCUCACGAUGGAUUUCCCCCCAUCCUUCCGACGUGAUCCAAUCCACAAAAUGGAUCUCUAGUGAUAUAUUAACCAUAUUCCUCAGCCAACAAUCCCAAACCACUACCAUGAUUUCAUUCUAUUAUGACGGGAAAUCACUCACUCCAGUCGGACAAGAUCCAAUCCAAAUAAACAUCCACCGUUUGGUCAGUUUUAAAAACCGCUUGUUGGCAUUCACACUCCUCCCGGAGCGGAAAAUAUUCAUGGGCAGACAGAUGAGUUGGGCCGACAUCAUAUCCACAAAACUCUCCCAAGGAAACUAUGCCGACGCGUUGGAGACAGUAUAUGAAUACUACACAACGAUGGAGAGGAGUAGUAAUGGUAGUGCCAGUGAUGGGAAAUUGAUCUUGGUGGGGUUGGAUAAAGAUCAAACGAGGCGACAGGGGUUGGUGGAGCCAUAUCUUGAACAGAUUAUGCGGGAGUCGAUUGGAUAUUUGUUUAGUAGGGACCGUGGAAAGGAGGAGAGGAGGGAGUAUUUGGGGGUAUAUUUCCGGAUUGUGUCUUUGAUUGCUCCGAAAGGGUUUGAUAUUCUUGAAGAGGUGUUUGAGAAAUUGGAAGAAGAAGGAGAAGAGGAGGAUGAGGAGUUUUUUGGUGUAUUGGAGCCGUUUAUUUUGACGAAUUCGAUUAAAGCAUUGCCGGCAUUAUUGUUGAAGAGAUUGGUGGAGUAUUAUAUUCAAGCUAAUAAAGGUGAGUUAUUGACUGAUAUGUUGUGUAUGAUGGAUAUCGAAUCUUUGGAUAUUGAUUUAACGAUCCAGUUAUGUGAACAAUAUAAUCUUCGUGAUUGUUUGAUAUAUAUUUGGAAUUAUCUAUUACAUGAUUAUGAAACCCCCUUGAUUGAUUUUCUUAGUGAUAUUUUACAACCAGAUGAAGAAUUCAUCCAAUCAGAAGAAUAUCUAAAAGCAUACACAUAUAUGUCAUAUAUCUUAACCGGAAGACAAUAUCCUACUGAUCGAUUCAUUGAACCUAAAUAUGAAUCAGAAGCCAAAACUAAAAUAUGUGAUAUAUUAUUCUCAAACACUUCCAUAUCUCGAAAUGGCCACCUGGUACCAUGUAUAAAACAAUCAACGAUUUUUCCUUAUUUAUACACCUUUCUAAAAAUCAAUUCAUUCGAGAUGUUAUCCACCAUGAAUGAAUUCUUCGAAGACCCGCACCUAAAUGAUGAUUCACAACGAUUAAACCGACAAUAUCUCACCGAGGCUUUAAUCGACCUAUAUGACUCCAAUGAACGUGAUCUAUCGGAUCAAGAUCGAUGUCAGUUGGCGAUUUUUGUUGGAAGGAAUUAUCCCAAAUAUUCCCAAUUUAUUCGACUUUCCGAAUCGAUUUUGACUAAGAUUAUUAAUACUUUAUGUGAAUGUAAUGAAGGAGAGGAAUAUCUGCAAGAUUGUGAAUUGGCAUUACUGAGUCUCCUACCCCAUUAUGCCCCUGAUAUUGGUGAGGAUUUCUUGAUUGAGAAAUUGACUUUGGCGAAGUAUUAUAAUGUUUUGAUUGGGAUAUAUAAAUCAAAAGGACAAUAUUCGAAUGCGUUGGAAAUAUGGAUCAAGAAAUUGAAUGAAGAGAAUCUGAAUGAUGAGAAUAUUCGGGAGGAAUAUGAAAGUCUGUCAGGAGGGGAUUCUUUAUUGACAAUGGUUGAGCAAUCAUUUUUGGGAUCGAGAAAUGCGAAUGAUAGAUUGGUUUUAAUACUGGUUAUUAAGAAUAAUUUUAUGGUGUUUGUGAGGUUGGAUAUUGGGAAUUUUGUGAGUUUAGUGGAUAAAUAUUGUCCUCAAUUGCAUUUCCAGGUGUUUGAAUUGAAUGAUGAUGUGAUGGAGUUUGCAUAUUUGAAAGAAUUGUUUGAUGGGAAGAAGAAGGUUUGUCGUGAUUAUAUUCCAUUUGUGGGGAAAUAUAUUGAAGUAUUGGCGAUGUUUGAUUCUCCUGCUGUGUUUCAGUUUGUUCAAAAUUGGCAAUCUAUAUUAAUUGAUGAUGAGAAUGAGUUUAAUAAAUGUAUUGAUGUGUUACGUAGCAAGGAACUUGUUGACUCACAGGCGUCUUUGUUAGUGCUAAAGGGAGACUAUCUUGAAGCGGAAACAAGUAUAUUGGAUUAUAUGAAGAAGAUUGCGCCUAAAUUAGAAGACAACCAAUCCAUUCGAGAUAAAUUUGAACAAAUACUUUCAUAUCUUGUUAAUAUUUGUGAAUUACCUCAAACAUAUACCAUACUAAUUGAAUCUGAUUUUUCAUUAAAUGAGAAGAUGUGGUUAGAUGUGAUUCAUAAUUUAGUUGAAAUGGCCAAUAAUACUAAGAAAUUAACUACUCAUGAUUUCAUUAAUAAAUGUAUUCAUGAUUGUUUUAGAACAAUAAGUGAUUAUAAAUUAAAUCUGAUUCAUAUUGGUGAUCAAAAGGAGAAAUCAUUCUUGGUGAUUUUUAAUCGAUUUUUACAAGAAUAUUCUCAAGAAUCUAAGAUUGCUACAUUGUCUAAUAUUAGAGGGAUAUUACAAGAAGUAUUUAUAUCAUAUUCAUAUGAGAGUGAAAUGCUUAAGAUAUCAUUAAGAAUGUUGAAUAAGGAUAUUUAUAAGAAUACAAUACUUAUUAAGGGGAAUAAAUUACGAGGAUGGAAUAUUAAAGCUAAGAUAUGUUCAUCAUGUGGGAAAUUGAUGUGGGGUGGAAAUGGUAGUUCAACUAUAAUGGAUGAUCAUAUAUUAGCAUGGGAAGAUCGAGAAAGACGUCAUUUGUUAUUAGUUACUGAACAAAUGAAAGAGGAAGAUAGUAGACAAGUGUUUCAUAGUUGUGAAUUAAUCUUUUUUAUGUGUGGACAUGGAUAUCAUUUGAAAUGUUUAGAACUGUUGGGAAUUAAACAUAAAAAGUAUUGUUUAAUAUGUUUACCUAACAACUGA